AUGGGGUGUGCGGCUCUGCUGUGGGGUUGGCUUCUGCUUGGCUGCAGCUGGGGCCCCGGGCCCCUCGGGGUUGGUGCCGCUGCAAUCUCGACGGCCACCUAUGUACUUGACGAUGCAGCUGGGCUGGGCAGACAAUUCGACGGGAUCGGGGCUGUCAGCGGCGGCGGGGCCACAUCUAGACUCCUGGUGAACUACCAAGAACCUUAUCGGUCCCAGAUUUUAGAUUAUCUGUUCAAGCCAAAUUUUGGUGCUUCUUUACAUAUCCUCAAAGUAGAGAUUGGAGGUGAUGGACAAUCAACAGAUGGUACUGAACCCUCCCAUAUGCACUAUGAAAAUGAUGAGAACUACUUCCGGGGCUAUGAAUGGUGGCUGAUGAAAGAAGCUAAGAAGAGGAACCCCAAAAUUAAAAUGAUUGGAUUACCAUGGACAUUUCCAGGGUGGAUAGGAAAGGGUGAAAACUGGCCCUAUGACUAUCCAGAUGUCACUGCUUACUAUAUUGUUUCUUGGAUAUUGGGAGCUAAACAGUAUCAUGAUUUGGACAUUGAUUAUAUUGGGAUAUGGAAUGAAAGAGCAUUUAAUAGCAAAUAUAUUAAGCUGUUGAGGUACACAUUGGAUAAGCACGGUCUGCAGCAGGUGAGGAUCAUAGCCAGCGAUAGACUGUGGGAGCCCAUUUCCUUUGUCUUGCUGCUUGACUCUCAGCUCCGCGGAGUGGUCGAUGUCAUUGGGGCUCACUAUCCUGGAACAAAAACUGUGCCAAAUGCCUUAUUAACUAAGAAGAAACUGUGGUCCUCAGAAGAUUACAGUACAUUCAAUGAUGAAGUAGGUGCAGGCUGCUGGGCUCGGAUCCUGAACCAAAACUAUGUGAAUGGAAACAUGACCUCAACUAUUGCAUGGAAUUUGGUGGCUAGUUACUAUGAAGAGUUGCCCUUUGGUCGGUGUGGAUUAAUGACAGCACAAGAGCCGUGGAGUGGCCACUACAAAGUCGAAGCUCCGAUUUGGAUUACGGCACAUACAACACAGUUUACUCAGCCAGGCUGGUCAUACUUGCAAGUGGAUGGACACUUAAAAGGAGGUGGCAGUUUUGUGGCUCUGACAGAUGGCCUAGGAAACCUUACCAUCAUCAUUGAAACUAUGACUCAUGAUCACUCUCGGUGUAUCAGACCUCCACUGCCUCAUUUCAGUGUGACACCUCAGAGAGCAACUUUCUACCUCAAAGGGUCAUUUUAUAUGGUGGAAACCCUUCAAGUGUGGCAUUCAAGACUUGGUUUUGAAUCUGGAAACUCUAGUCUUUUCCAGCAACUCCAUCCUAUAAAGGUGUGGAGGGGAAGCUUUUCUUUAGAUCUAAAUGUGGACGAAGUCUACACUUUAACCACACUCAAGACAGGGCAGAAAUGUGGCUGCCCAGAGCCUCCACCACCUCAGCCCUUUCCUUCAAAUUACAAAGAUGAUUUCAAUCUUCGUAAUCCACCUUUCAGUGAAGCCCCAAAUUUUGCAGAUCAGACAGGUGUAUUUGAAUACUUCAUAAAUGCUUCUGACCCUGGAGAUCAUGUGUUCACACUCCGCCAGGUGGUGAUUCAGAGACCCAUCACUUGGGCUUCUGAUGCAGACCAGACCGUCAGUAUCAUAGGAAAUUUUAAGUGGGUAAACAUGACAAUCACAUGUGACAUCUACAUAGAAAAAGCACAUGAUGGGGGCGUGUUUAUUGCAGGAAGGGUCAACAAUGGUGGGAUCUAUGUUCGACGUGCCCAAGGAGUUUUCUUUUGGGUUUUUGCAGAUGGCACCUACAGAGUCACUGGUGACAUAGCUGGAGAAAAAAUACUAAUGAAAGGACUUUCUGGUGUCCGGGAUAACGCAUGGCACACGCUUACUCUCAACAUUCAGGGUACUUCUGCCUCAGGAAAUUUAAAUGGUUAUCCACUCUGGGAGAAUGUCACCAUUUCUAAACCAAGUAAUGGCUGGGCUGCUAUUGGAACUCGCUCAUUUGAGUUUGCACAGUUUGACAACUUUCAUGUUGAAGCUAGCUGAGGUGGCUUUUGUGUUUGGUGAACCCAGUUCUUGUACUACUUUGAAUAAGAGUCAGUUCAGACUUGGAGGACAACUCAGUGCUAUGCUGAGAUUGAUCUGUUGUCA